CCAGGUUCAGCUGCAACAUCCAAAAAAUAAGUGGAUCUAAACUCCAAGGCUCAUUUUGCAAUGAUUUAUAGACCUGUGGGAAAGUAUGAGAGAUUACAGAUGGCUUAAGAUGCUGCUGUGGAAGGGUAUGAUCUACAGUUCCCCUUCACCACUGGUGCAGCAGUAGCGUUUGCAUGGAAAUUCUGGUGAUUAAAGAUCAUGGCAACCAUAGAGGAACUGGCCAAUCAGAUUAUUGAACAGCAAAUGGGAGAGAUUACCCAUUCUCCGGCAGCUGUUACACAAACACUAAUGGAUGGGACGGCACAACGAAUACAGAUCGUCCCUGCAGAUUCAGGCCUCUCUUUACCACAACGUAUACAGAUUGUCACAGAUCAGCAGACGGGCCAGAAGAUUCAGAUUGUUACAGCACUUGAUCAGAGCUCAGCAGGCAAGCAGUUCAUCUUAACAAAUCAUGAUGGCUCUACCCCAAGCAAGGUGAUCCUUGCCAGACAAGAUUCCACUCCAGGAAAAGUUAUCCUGGCAACUCCAGAUGCUGCAGGUGUCAACCAACUGUUUUUUGCAUCCCCUGAUAUAUCUGCACAACACAUCCAGAUUUUAACAGACAACUCGCCCAAUGAACAGGGUCUAAAUAAAGUGUUUGAUCUGUGUGUUGUAUGUGGAGACAAGGCAUCAGGGCGUCACUACGGAGCAGUGACUUGUGAGGGAUGCAAAGGAUUCUUUAAAAGGAGCAUACGGAAGAAUUUAGUUUAUUCGUGCCGAGGAACGAAAGACUGUGUCAUUAACAAACACCACCGGAAUCGAUGUCAGUACUGUAGGCUGCAGAGAUGCAUCGCGUUUGGGAUGAAACAAGAUUCUGUGCAGUGUGAAAGGAAACCUAUUGAUGUGUCAAGAGAAAAACCUUCGAACUGUGCAGCCUCUACAGAAAAGAUCUACAUUCGGAAAGAUCUUCGUAGUCCAUUAGCGGCAACUCCAACUUUUGUAACAGACAAUGAAACAGCGAGAUCAACAGGUCUGCUGGAAUCAGGAAUGUUUGUCAACAUUCAUCAGUCUGCAAUAAAAAGUGAGCCUACUGUGCUGAUGACUCCAGAUAAGGUUGAAGCAUGUCAGGGAGAUUUAAGUACACUGGCAAACGUGGUGACUUCAUUAGCAAAUCUCAGUAAAUGCAAAGACAUGUCACAAAGCAGCACAGAGCUGUCUAUGAUUGAGAGUUUAAGUAAUGGAGAUGCAUCAUUAUCUGAACUCCAGCAAGAAGAACAAGCUAGUAGCGAUGUUACAAGGGCAUUUGAUACUCUUGCCAAAGCAUUAAAUCCAGGAGAGAGUCCAGCAUGCCAGAACUCUGAAAGUAUUGAAGCCAGCGUACAGCUGAUGGGUGGAGAAACAAGCAUGAAUAUUGUCGAAAUAGAGGGGCCACUACUCAGUGAUGCACAUGUGGCAUUCAGGCUCACUAUGCCUUCUCCUAUGCCUGAAUAUCUUAACGUUCACUAUAUCUGUGAGUCUGCCUCCAGGUUGCUUUUCUUGUCUAUGCACUGGGCACGUUCCAUUCCAUCUUUCCAAGCUUUAGGACAGGAUAACAGCAUUUCAUUAGUAAAAGCCUGCUGGAACGAACUUUUUACGCUUGGUCUUGCACAGUGUUCACAAGUUAUGAAUGUGGCAACUAUCUUAACUGCGUUUGUUAACCACCUUCAUGGCAGCUUACAGCAAGAUAAGCUGCCAACAGACAGAGGAAAACUAGUUAUGGAGCACAUCUUCAAACUGCAAGAGUUCUGUAACAGCAUGGUUAAGCUUUGCCUAGAUGGAUAUGAAUAUGCGUAUUUGAAAGCAAUCGUCCUCUUCAGUCCUGAUCACCCAGGUUUGGAAAAUGUGGUACAGAUUGAGAAAUUUCAAGAAAAGGCUUACAUGGAGUUCCAAGACUAUGUCACAAAAGCAUAUCCAGAUGAUACGUACAGACUGUCUAGACUUCUCCUCCGAUUGCCCGCCCUUAGGCUGAUGAGUGCUGCCAUCACGGAAGAGCUGUUCUUUGCAGGACUGAUUGGGAACGUUCAGAUCGACAGCAUCAUCCCGUACAUUCUGCGAAUGGAGACAGCAGACUACAACUCUCAGAUAAUUGGUCACGCCGUAUAAAAGGAGCAGCCGAGGAUUCCGUACCAUGGCAGUCAUGGUGAUGUAAAUGCAUACCCUGUCUCCAAGAGAUGGCAAUAAGCCUUCCCACGCACCUUUUCCAAAGAAGGCUCAUAUUCCUCCUUUCCAGUACACUUGGGAAACGUGGUGGAGUGUAUUAAGAAACGUAGGAUCGCUUCCUAUUUUUCAUCUGAUCUUCAAGGACUUGUCAAUUAAUUUGAUAUCUGAAGAAGGUCAAGAAUUGCCCAUCCUAUUUUUGUAGAUAGAUGAACUUGGACUAUUUGUUUAUGAAGUCCAGGCUUGUGAAGAAACUGAAGAAGCUUUGACUGAACUAAGGUAUCUCAACUUAGUUUGAUGUUUUAGACAAAAUAAAUUAACUUUCCUCUC